AUGAGGUAUAAUUUACAACAUGUAGGCGAUUAUUGGGAUUACGUUCCGUAUCAGCAGGUCUACAUGGUGCCUGCACUGCAGAGAAAAGGACCUGUGUGUGUUUCUAUGUUCAAGCCCCUUGCUGCUGUUGUCAAAGAUGUCAUUGAUGUAAUUUUUCUGGGACAAGCUCUGUAUCUUGGGAGUUUGAUUGGAGCAGGUGUAAUUAUCUCUGGCUUUUAUGCUGUGAUAUGGGGAAAGGCCAGAGAAGAGAAGUUGCAUGAGGACAGUGAAGAAGGGCAGAGUUGCUUAGAAUCAUCCACUGACUGCAAAAUAAGACAUAGAAUUGCAUUUUACAAUUGUACGACGAGCAUAGGGGAAAAUGAGAGAAAUGAUAAGAGGGGAGAGGAUGGGAAGGAGGAGUAA